CCCACUCGAUCAUCAAUAGCUUCUCUAGCUUGUCCCUCUAGAUCCUCAGCUCAUCAUCAGGUGCCAUUGCUAGCUAGCUAGCUGCCAACAAGCUAGAUGGGCAGCACCGCGGCGAUGCUGCUCAGGUCCGUCGCCGUCCUCGCCCUCCUCGCCAUGUCGGCGACAACGGCGGCGGCGCAGUACUGGAACAGCGGGACGGCGACGUUCUACGGCGGCAGGGACGGUUCCGGGACGAUGGGCGGCGCGUGCGGGUACGACAACCUGUACAACCAGGGGUACGGGGUGCUGAACGCGGCGCUGAGCCAGGUGCUGUUCAACGACGGCGCGUCCUGCGGCCAGUGCUACAACAUCAAGUGCGACACCGGCAAGUCCGGGUGGUGCAAGCCCGGCUACUCCGUCACCGUCACCGCCACCAACCUGUGCCCGCCCAACUACGCCAUCACCACCAACGGGGGAGGCUGGUGCAACCCGCCGCGCCCCCACUUCGACAUGUCGCAGCCGGCGUGGGAGCAGAUCGGCAUCUACCGCGCCGGCAUCAUCCCCGUCCUCUACCAGCGGGUGCCGUGCACGAGGCAGGGAGGGGUGAGGUUCACCAUCUCCGGCUUCAACUACUUCCAGCUGGUGCUCAUCACCAACGUCGCCGGCAGCGGCUCCAUCCGGUCCAUGUCGGUGAAGGGCGCCAGCACCGGGUGGAUCGCGAUGACGCGGAACUGGGGCGCACUGUGGCAGUGCAGCUCGGCGCUCGUCGGCGAGCCGCUCUCCUUCGCGGUCACCUCCACCGGCGGCCAGACGCUGUACAUGAACAACAUCGCGCCGGCGUGGUGGACCUUCGGCAUGACGUUCGCCAGCAACAACCAGUUUGCCUACUAAUAGUUAGCUAGUUCACGACGCAUAAUUGCAUGUGCAUGUGCGUGUGCCUGGCCGAUCUGGGAUUAAAUUAAUUAUAAUACAUCAGUUGACUUAAUGGUGUGUGUGUGUGUAAUGCGUGGGUUGAUCUGGGAUUUUGAUCUGUAAUCGCAUUCUGUCGAUUUUGUUUCUACUACAUACCUGCUGUACAUGUACAUCGAUUUGUUAUCUGUUAAUAUAUAUAUAUAUAUAUAUUAUUUUUUC